CUUCUCCUUCAAUCAUUCUCUCUCUCUCCCUUUCCUCAUAUACACAGAGAGACAUAUCAUUAAUGGAGCUUUCAACAUCAUCCAUGUCUUCAAAACCAGAACAAAUCAUGCAAAAGCCAUCUCCCAUAAUCUCAUCUCCUAGGUUUCAGGCUCAGACAAGAUCUCCUCUUCAUCAUAAUCAUCAUGACCAGCAUCAACAUCUCUCAAAUCCUUACCCAACAACAUUUGUUCAAGCAGAUACUUCCACUUUCAAACAAGUUGUUCAGAUGCUCACAGGUUCUUCCACCGAUCCCACUACCGGAGAACACCAAGAAGCUCCUUCUCCGGCAAACAACAACAACAAUAAAGUAGGUUUCUCGAUCCCACCUAUCAAGAAAACCAACAACUUCAAGCUCUACGAAAGAAGACAAAACAACAACAACAUGUUCGUUAAAAAUGAUCUCAUGAUCAAUACUUUAAGGCUUCAAAAUUCUCAGAGAUUGAUGUUCUCAGGAGGAGGAAACAGUGCUCAUCAAAGCCCAAGAUUCUCUCCGAGGAACAGCUCAUCAGAGAAUAUUCUUCUGUCUCCAAGCAUGCUUGAUUUCCCAAAACUAGGGCUAAACAGUCCCGUGACGCCUCUGAGAAGCAAUGAUGACCCCUUCAACAAGUCAUCGCCUUUAUCGUUAGGGAACUCAUCUGAAGAAGAAAAAGCCAUGGCCGAGAAAGGCUUUUAUCUUCAUCCUUCUCCAAUCUCAACUCCUAGAGACUCUCAGCCACUUCUUCUUCCUCUUUUCCCGGUUACUUCUCCGACGAAUCCAUAAAUCCCGACAACGACUCAUGAGUGAUCCCAUUAUAUCUUUAUAUACAAUGUUAAGUUUCCCGGAUUUUGUUUAACUAUAACUAAGCGAUACCUAGCUAUAAGUUCUUAGUAAUGAAGUGAAUGUAAAGUUCAUGCGGUUUAUUCACUUUUAGUCUCAAUAAUUCAUUGCAAUCUAUGUAA